AUGUUCAGCAAUCGCAAGUUCUCCAUCAACCGGCACACCGGUGUGCCCAAGCCGAGACGCUUCAGUGUCGGCGAGGUUGGAGGCAACGAGGUCCAGUCAAAGACUCACAGACAGUUCCGCAAUGCCCACGAGGGCCAUCAACCCCACGCUGGUCUCGAUGCUAGCCGUGCUUCCACUGGUGUCGUCUGGUGUACUGAGCGCGCCUCCGAGUACGGUUUCCUCGAGGAGCCCGAGGCUUGGGCCAACUUGGGCCAGGGUGCCCCCGAAGUUGAGGAUGACAUUGCUGGAUGCUUCCCCCGUCCUACCACUAUCGACAUCUCCAUGGCCGGUCGCGAGUAUGGUCCUACUGCUGGUAUCAAAGAACUCCGCGAAGCCGUUGCCAACCUCUACAACGUCAUGCACCGCGAGGGAAAGGACAGCAAGUACACCUGGGAGAACGUCGCCAUCGUCCCCGGUGGUCGCGCCGGUCUGAUCCGUAUCGCUGCCGUCCUCGGAAACUCUUACCUCUCCUUCUUCUUGCCCGACUACACGGCGUACAAUGAGAUGUUGUCUCUCUUCAAGAACUUCUCCGCCAUCCCCGUCCCUCUGGCUGAGGAGGACGGCUACCACAUCCACCCCGACCGCAUCGCCGAGGAGAUCUCCCGUGGUUCCUCUGUCAUCCUGACCUCGAACCCCCGCAACCCCACCGGUCGUGUUGUUGCCAACCCCGAGUUGGCCGAGAUCCAGGAUAUCUGCCGUGGCCGUGCCACCUUCGUCAGCGACGAGUUCUACUCUGGCUACAACUAUACGAGCAACUGUGACGGCAGUACCAUCUCUGCUGCCGAGAACGUCGAGGAUGUUGACGAGGAUGAUGUUCUCAUCAUUGACGGCUUGACCAAGCGCUUCAGACUUCCCGGCUGGCGUGUCGCGUGGAUCAUUGGUCCCAAGGAAUACAUCAAGGCCAUUGGUUCUUGCGGUAGCUACCUCGAUGGUGGUGCCAACCACCCCUUCCAGGAGGCGGCGAUUCCCAUGCUCGACCCUGCUCUCGUCAAGACAGAGAUGAUCUCCCUGCAGAGACACUUCCGCGACAAGCGUGACUACGUCGUUCGCAGACUCCGCGAGAUGGGAUUCAUCAUCAAAUACGUCCCUGACUCCACCUUCUACCUCUGGCUUAACCUCGAGGGUCUCCCCGAGGCUAUUGCCGACGGUCUCAACUUCUUCCAGGCCUGUCUUGAGGAGAAGGUCAUCGUUGUUCCUGGUAUCUUCUUCGACCUGAACCCCUCCAGACGUCGCGAUCUCUUCGACAGCCCUUGCCAUCACUUCGUUCGUUUCUCCUACGGCCCCAAGAUGGAGACCCUGAAGAAGGGAUGCGACGGUAUCGAGCGCGUCGUCAACAAGUUCCGCAAGUCGUCGGACUAGACGUAAUAGAGUGGUUCUAGGAUAGAGAAUUGGAUGGAGUUGGAAACAGACGACUCACGACAGAUGAAGAUCAAAUACCCUAGUCUUCAUUGCCUGCAUGUAUACACGAAGACGGCACAGCUGAUGCCGAACUGACCAACGCGCCAGUAGAGCGUGUUGGCUUGAAUGAAUUAUCGCAACGCACUCAAGCUUGUCUUUCUUUUCUAGUGAUGUAAAAGCGGCGAUGGAAAAUUUCAUCUCACGGGCAUGUCGAUUACUCGCAACCCAACACAUUACAGCGUGAUGAGCCUACUAUGGCAGAGAUUCCUUGGGCAAAUCGUUGAAGCCCCGCCUAGUUCUCUUACCUGCAGAUCUACCUUGUCACGUCCACGUUUUCAACCCACGAUCAGCCGGGAGAG